AUGGCAGAAAUCGGCGAGUUCGUCAUCAAGACCGUCAACCCGAAGUAUCGACGGACCUGCUGCAAAGCAGAUGACUCGAUCUCCCAGUGGUACAUCAACCUGAAGAAAGAGGUGGGAGCCACAACCGAAUGGGGAUACAACAAAGCCAGCAACGAUUACCACGAAGCCCUCAAGCCAUUAGCGAAAAUCAAGGACUAUGAGACCUUCAUCGACAAAUGGGAAACGGCAUUUUCCGUCGCCAACGACAAGGGAGUCGCCGAGACGCUCAACUACCUCUCGUGGUCGCGGGAUUUUUUCCGAUCCAUCAAGAACGUUCCAGAGGCUGUCGCGUGGGGAAUAUCAUACCGUCAAACCAAAGGGCAAGACUUCCAAGAAGGGAAGCUCACGUAUCGUGACUUUGCGGUGGACUUUCGCAACGAGAUGGGCCUGGUCGCGCCCACAACAAUGCACAAAAAGAUUGGGAGAGGUGCAUUUGGACCUACCUACGCGGAUCAGGAGGCCAACGACCAAAACGCAGAAGGCGCAUCCAGAGGGCGGGGAGGACGCACCCGUUCAGGCAAGAAACGCACGCGAGACAACCGAUCGUUUUCGUCGAAGUGCAUGCUCUGUGACGUCCCGGGACACAAGAUCGAGGAGUGUUUCUUUCUGUCCCAACAAGCCCCAACCUGGUUUAAGCCAACGGAUGAGAAAAGAGAGGAGAUUGAAGCUCGCAUUGAAGAAGAUGUGAACAUCAAGAGGAUUGUUCAAGGCAUGAGGGGCAAGCGCCCUAGGACAGGAACCAGAUCGGGAAGUAGCCGAUCAGCGUCCGAAAGUCUCACCAAACAAGAAGGGACACCGGUUAUCGAGGAUUGA